AAAGGGUGGGAAAUCACACAUAGGGAGGAAAUGAAAAAUAACAAAACCCCAACAACAUCCAUAACACCCUCUCGUCACUGCUUUUAAUGAAAAUGUGAAAUAGAUGUGAUUUUGAAUAACAAUGCCUCAUCUUCUAUAGAUAUGUUUCGUGUCUGGAUUUUAUUGUCUUCCCUCCUGUUAGGGGUGAGGGCAUUCAUGAUCUACAACACCAAGAGCAGCCUGUGUUUGGAGGACUCAGCUACAGGAGAAGUCCUACUGAAGAAGUGUAACAUAGACUCAGCAUCUCAGCAGUGGACUUGGAUUGAUCAGGGCAUGCUGAUGUGUGUUGCUUCAUCCAAUUGUUUAUUGGCUGUGCAAAGAAAGCCUCUCCAGACCCAGCCCUGCAGGAGUUCAGAGGUGGAUGCUGUACAGUUUGCAUGGGACUGUGAUCGGGACAGACUGAUCAGCAAGAACACAUCAAUGCUUUUGUCAGUAGACGGCCAGCAUUUGAUUCUCGCACAUGACAGCAAACACUCAAAGUGGAGAUCUCUGGAUGUGGGUGACAUCUGUCAGGAAAAACUCAGAUUUAAGAGGGCAUCUAAUGAUCCAGAGGAAUAUGAGGCUGCAGAGGAGAAGACAGGUGAAGUAUUGUCCAUGACGGAGGAACAGAGAGAGUACCUACAAUGGUUCUAUCGCACAGAGGACUCCACAACAUGGAAGUUUGUGUUGCUGGGACUGGCCUUUGUCUGCCUACUUGUAGGCUUUCUGCUGUUGGGAAUGGGAGCUAUGGCCAGCAAAAACAGAAAAGAGAUUGCAAAGUACAAGGCAGCUGCCGCUCUAGCUCAGAAGAGUGAAGAUGAGGAGCUGCAGUUGCUCAGAGACAACAGCAGCAACAAACAAUCACCAUCACUUGACUGUCAGUUGCAGGGAAACAAGUCCUCCCCUUCAAAUGGGGAGGUGAGUGAGCUCAAAGCAGGAAACAUAAUGGUCAUGUGGAAAGAUGGAAAGACCUCCUGCUUAUACUCAGAUCAUGCUGUAGAGGAGGAGAAACAGGAGGAGAAACAGGAGGAGAAACAGGAGGAGGCUGAGCUGGAGGCUGAUCAUGCAGUGAAAAUGAUGGAAUAAAGCGUUCCAAUUGUAGAUUACAGAAAGAGAUGUGAAUAAAAUCUGCUUUUAACUCUACCAUACUCCUCUAAAGCUGUUUUUGAAGACUUUCAAUGUCAUUUUUCAUCGAACAUUUACCUUUAAAAGCAGCAUACAACAUCAAAAUCAUACUAAAUACACAGCAGUUUGAAAGUCUAUCAGAUUUAUGGAUCAUUGAAAACAUUAUGUCCAAAUUCACUUUAAAGAGUUCUGGGUAUCAUUGGAUAAUCCCUAAAUCAACUGAGAAUUCAAAAUCAGAAAAUGAAAAAAAUUAUUUCAUUAUCUGUUUAUCAACAUGGUACAAAAAAUAACCCAAACAUGAAACGCUUUGAUUACGUACUUUUUUAUUUUAUUCUCAGAUCAAAACUAGGGAGUUAAAAAAAUGAGCCACAGGUCAAACUGAUUUUGAUAUUUAAUUUGACCAACUUGUGUGACCCAGAAGUUAUAUAUAUUGUGGUUCUUUACUGCUCUUCUUAAGGGCACUGCUCCACCUGACCGCUGGACCUAUCGAGUCCAAACACACUGCAGCUACAGUUAAGUGUGGCUGUAAGAGGAGCAGCAGAAGGCUGGGAGAAUGGCCUAAGAAAUCAGUGUGUUUGAUUUGCAAAGCUACAGCCAAUAAAGUGCAGUAAGCAGAGCAGUUUAUGAGCCAAGCCUACUGUGUUAGUCAAUGAAGCCAUAAUAAAUAACUUCCAGGUCACACAAAUCAAACAUAAUCCUUACAUUUGAAUGCAGGCAGAAUGUUAAAAGGAUAUACUAUAUGUGUAACAGUGCUUUUAGACAGAUUAGGCAAUUUGUAUUUCUCAUUUAAAAAAAACUGGAAGCAGGGGAGUUAACCUGUAAAGCUCACCAAUUAACACACUGUAUCUUAUUUGUUUAACUGUACAGAAAAAUGACGUGAAAGAAAUAAGUUGUGGUUGUUGGAUGGAUUGUUGUUCAUGUUACAACUGUUUUAAACAGGGGCAGGGUACAACUUUUUGAUAUGUUGUUAUCAUUGUUUUGGUGUGAUGAACAAAACCAGAACAUACAGUACCUACUGUAGUCAUUCUCACUCCUGAUCAGUGGUCAGUGGACCAACACUUCUAAGUUUGACCCGGUACGGUUAUAGGGUAGGGGUAGGUAGAACAUCAUAGUUUAUAGCUUAAGGCCAUUGACCAAGCUUCUGUAUUUGACAAGUUGGGAUUGAGAAUGUGUUACUCAUUGAAAGUAGCCUGUCUGACAACCUGUGCUGUGGCUGAAGACGUUGUGGACAGACACAUUAUCAGUAUAAUCACUACAUCUUCUUUGCAUACAGAUUAAACAAAUGCAACUCUAUGUUAUCUUGGAUAAAAAAUGACUUCUGGUUCUAAUCACAGAGUGAAUGAUCUUCAUGAGCAGUGAAUGGGAUCAGAUUAGGAGAGCAAUAAUUGGCCCAGGCAUUUUCCAAUGAGUGGUAUCAGUGAUUUUUUCUGUCAGAUUGCUCUUUAAAUAAACCAGUUUAAAAAUGUG